UUACCUCAAAGUCAUUAACCGAUGUCAAUAACUGAAAACUGAAUUAGUUAUUGUUUUUGUAAAUCUUAUAAAUUCGUGUGUUUAUAUGUUGUUUUCUUUUAUAUUAAAUAUUUAGAAAGUAGUAAUAUCAGUACGAAUACUAUAUUCAUAUCGUAGGCACAGUAACUGUAAUCGAUAGUUAGUUGUACAGUUUAUAUCCUAGUUGAAGGACUCCUUCCCUGUCUAACAGAAUGAAUGUAGAAGAGAAUUAUAAGUUUGCGGCAUGCACUUUCUUUGCAAAGAAUCAUCCAGGAGAGACUUGUGGGAGCAAUGGAUUGCCUUUGACGCCCAGUUCAGUGACUAUACUGGGGCGGUCUCAGCGGCUAUUAACUAUUUCGCAUCCUAAUUUGUGUACAUAUCUGGAUAUUAUUAGAGGGAAACAUGAAAGAAUCAUAGUAGUUGCUGAGGCAUUAGGGAAAUCUCUUGCAGAGUACAAUUCUAAAUUCUCUAUGGAGGAAGUAGUUAACAUAGCACUUCAAGUAGCAAACGCAAUGAAAUUUCUUCAUGAAAAUGAUAUAACGCAUAGGACACUAUCUGAUGAUAAUAUACUGUUGGACAGUACUGGCAGAGUUAAACUUUUUAACUAUGGAUUGUAUUUUAUGACGUAUGGUGGGAAUGAAGUACCUUUUCCACUUGGGCUACCUCGAUAUUUAAGCCCAGAGACAAUACUAAAUGGAGGUGGUCCAGCGGCCGACAUAUGGGCGUUUGGUAUCAUUCUUCUAGAAAUGUGUAUUGGAAAGCUUUGGGCAAAUCUAAAACUGGGUCCAAUAUUGAGAAGGAUACUAACAUUGAUGCAUGCUAACAACCCAGCAGAAAGGAUAGCUAGAGAACAUGACUGUUAUGAUGCCUAUAAGAAAGUUCCCGAAAACAUUCGAAACACAAUUGAGAAAUGCCUUAAAAUAUAUCCGAGUGAAAGGACAACUUUUGCAGAAGUACAUAAAGAUUUAUCUCAAAUGAACACUCAAACGCCUAUCGAUAAAAAGAAGCCAGGUGGUUUGAUGGGAUGUAAACUACAAUAUCUUUAUUACUGGUGGCAGCUAACUGGCGGGGAUAUACAGGCUGAGUUAAAGAAGAAUGGAUUGAUUAAAAAUAGUCCACCUAUAUUGUCUAUGCCUAUAGCUAUUCUAUUAGAUGGUUGCACGCUUGGUGGUAAGACUGGUGCGCUAUUCGACCGUCGAAUAGCGAAAUACAGCUUAGGUUUGCUAAAGAAUCGCCUAAGUCAUAUACCACCGCAGGAUUUCUACCCACUUAUGCACGAGAGGAAAACAAAUUACGACGCUGUUGCCUUACCAAAGAUUAUAAGGGAAAGAGAUACGGAAUAUCAGUUCUAUAGGCUUCUUUGGUUCGAAAGAUUACUGCACGGUUACCCAUAUACAGCACAGUACAUAAGAGCGGAAGCGGAAAUCGACAUUCCACCAUUAGUUAGAGGAGAAGUAUGGGCCGCUUUACUAGGAGUAGUGGGAGAUAUAGAGGAUCAGUACGAAAGGAUUGACAAGGAAACCCCAACGCCUACUGACAGACAGAUUGAUGUAGACAUACCCCGGUGUCAUCAAUAUUGCUGGUUGCUAUGUGGCGCCGCGGGACACAAAACCCUCAAGAGGUUACUGAAAGCGUGGCUGUUGACAAACCCACAGUAUGUGUAUUGGCAAGGGUUGGACUCUUUGACUGCCCCGUUCUUGUAUCUCAAUUUUUGUAACGAAGCACGUGCUUUUGCGUGCCUAUCGGCCUUCGUACCAAAGUUCCUUCACAAGUUCUUCUUAAAAGACAACAGUGCAGUCAUUAAGGAGUAUUUAGCCAAGUUCUGGCAGAUGACGGCCUUUCACGAACCGGAUUUGGCAACGCAUUUGCACGAAAUAAACUUUGUGCCAGAACUCUUCGCUAUACCGUGGUUCUUAACGAUGUUCUCACAUGUAUUUCCUCUACAUAAAAUUGUGCACCUGUGGGACGCACUUCUUGUGGAGGGGACGUCUCUACCCCUUUUCAUGGGUGUCGGAAUUCUUCGGCAAUUGAGAGUUACGCUCUUGGAGUCUGGCUUUAAUGAGUGUAUUUUACUGUUUUCCGAUCUGCCUGAGAUUGACAUUGGAGAGUGUGUAAAGGAAUCCAUAGAAAUGUGUCGAAGUUCACCAAAGAGUAUUAGCUACAGAAGAUUCACAAAUGAACCAGAAAUAAAGGAUCCAAUGGAUAUCGUCGAAGUUCCUAUGGAUGUACUUCUGACUGAGAUAUGUCCACACCUCAGCCUGUCAGAUUUCUUCUCGCUGGUGUGUCAAGAUAAAUGCUGCGUUGUGGACAUCAGAUCUAAUUUAUUAUACGAGAAGAGUUGCAUAGAUGGCAGUAUAAAUGUACCGUACAGUGGUGUACACCUUGGCCAGCAUGAACUGAGGUCAUUGGGGCUUCAGCCGUUCAAGACCUUGACUGAGGCGAUUAAGACGAAGAAAAUUAUAGUUAUCGCUUCAGCAGAGGACGAAACUGCUCAUCUUUUCAGCGAGUACCUGGUGAAGUGCGGUGCGCCACGCGUAUGCGUCCUGCACGGGGGUGUUUCCGCCUUGCACUCUCACGUACCCUCGCUCUUCACGGUGCCGACCAAGAAGAACGGACAAAAAUAACACUCCAUCAACUAAAUUAGCUUACUUUUUCUGUAGGCACUAUAUCAGGCACUUAUGAAGCGAACAUACAUUACCUAAUUGUAAGGGGGGGGCUACAACCGAUCCUACUAACUUAAAAAUAAUAUUUAUACAUGAUUUUUUUUAUUUACUUUUAUUGUAACAUUACUUCAAAUGAUUUAAUUCUUCAAAUGAAUUUAAUUUUUCUUUUAAGAAUAGGUAAUAGUAAUAGGUAGCUCGGCCUAACUUCCAAACGUAAUGGUAUAAACAACCUCACUGACAACACAACCUGUACACUAAAAAAAAAAACUUUUCAGUCAUUAGUAGAAGCGUUAUUUAAAAAAUAAGGAAUUUUUAACUGAUGAACUAUAACACCCUUUAUUUAAAUAAUGUUAUUGUAACUAAUUGAAAUAUGAAUGUUUUCCAGUAUCUGGGUGUUAAACUGUAUAUUUUGUAUUUAUGUAUAUUAUUCAUAAAAGUAAUAUAUUCAUCAGUCAACUUAGUACCCAGAACGCCAGGACAAGAUGGCGAUAUGUCGUAGUAUAUUUAUUUAUUUUAUUUGACUGUGUAUAUAAAUAAAGAAUGUCUUAAAAUUGUAUAUAGUGAGGCAACUAAUUUGAUAAAUUAAGAUCUGAUGUGCAAUUUUUAUUAUUUCUAUCAGAAUAA